GCCACUGGUUGCAGAGGGCGCCCGGCGCGCAAGCGCCCUGAGGACCCGGUAGCGGCGGCGGCUGUGGCUGCGGCGACGGCAGCGGCGGAGGAAGCCCGAUCGCUGACCGGAGCGGGAGGCGGUGGUGACGGCCAUGGCGGCAGAUGGAGAGCGUUCCCCGCUGCUGUCCGAGCCCAUCGACGGUGGCGCUGGUGGCAACGGUUCCGUGGGGCCGGGAGGGAGCGGGGCUGGGCCCGGGGGAGGCCUGACCCCCUCUGCACCACCUUAUGGAGCCGGUAAACAUGCCCCGCCCCAGGCAUUCCCCCCCUUCCCCGAGGGGCAUCCGGCAGUGUUGCCUGGGGAGGACCCGCCCCCUUACUCACCCCUCACCAGCCCGGACAGUGGGAGUGCCCCCAUGAUCACCUGCCGAGUCUGCCAGUCUCUCAUCAAUGUGGAAGGCAAGAUGCAUCAGCAUGUAGUCAAAUGUGGUGUCUGCAAUGAAGCAACUCCAAUCAAGAAUGCACCUCCAGGGAAAAAAUAUGUUCGAUGCCCCUGUAACUGUCUCCUUAUCUGCAAAGUGACUUCCCAGCGGAUUGCCUGUCCUCGGCCCUAUUGCAAAAGAAUCAUCAACCUAGGACCUGUGCAUCCAGGACCUCUGAGUCCAGAACCACAACCUGUGGGUGUCAGAGUCAUCUGCGGACAUUGCAAGAAUACUUUUCUGUGGACAGAGUUCACAGACCGAACCUUGGCACGUUGUCCUCACUGCAGGAAAGUGUCAUCUAUCGGGCGCAGAUACCCACGGAAGAGAUGUAUCUGCUGCUUCUUGCUUGGUUUACUCUUGGCAGUCACUGCCACUGGCCUUGCUUUUGGCACAUGGAAGCAUGCACGGCAAUAUGGAGGCAUCUAUGCAGGCUGGGCAUUUGUCAUUCUGUUGGCUGUGCUGUGUUUGGGCCGGGCACUUUAUUGGGCCUGUAUGAAGGUCAGCCACCCUGUCCAGAACUUCUCCUGAGCCUGACGACCCACAGACUGUGCCUGGCCCCUCCCUGGUGGGGACAGUGACACUAAAAAUGGAGCUGGAGUAAAAAGCUCCCUGGGCUUCUAUAUGGAAGCCAAGCAGCUGCCUUUCUUUUCCCUGGGGAGAAGUAGGAAGGAACCAGGCCCUCACUUAGGUUUGGAGGGGUAGGUAAGACCACUGUUGGCCAUCCGCUAUCCUCCAAGGGUUGCUGUGUUAGGGUGAAGUAAGCAAAAUGUUGCCCCUAAACCUGGGUCCUAAAGACAGUUCUAGGCUGGUCCUUCCUAUAUGCUCCCUGAGAGCAAUUCCUGUCCCUUACACAUUCCAGGGCAGGGUGGGUAGCCCUGGGGGUUCCCCUCCCUCUUGUGCACCAUUAGGACUUUGCUGCUGCUAUUGCACUUCACCAGGGGCUGGCUCUGGCCUCAGUACCCUCAGUCUCCUCUCCCCACAUUGUGUCCUGUGGGGGUGGGGUCAGCCGCUGCUCUGUACAGAACCACAGGAACUGAUGUGUAUAUAACUAUUUAAUGGGGGUUAUGUUCCCCUAGUCCUUUAUUUCCCUUAAUUCCUCCUUCCAAUCUUCCUUACUCCCAGUUGCAGUAUUUAACUGGGCUGGGUAGGGUUGUUCUGUCUUGGGGGAAAUUAGGGACUCUUCCUGUGCUUGUAAAUAAAUAAGGU